AUGAGCUGGUCCUCAAAAAUCGCAGAUCUCCUUCCAUCUUGGCUACGCUGGCCUUCUCGUGCAACAGCGCGACAUGUCCUCAUUGGCGUCCUGGUUGGUUUCUCGCUCUCGCUCUCCUCAACCUCCUUUGCACUGUACCUGCAACAACGUAAACAAAAACGUCAGAUCUCCAAGUUCACUGCACGACCUAUUGAACUAAGAAGCGAUGAGGUGGUGAGAGGGGUGGCAGGGCUCAUUGGAAAUACCCCAUUGGUUAGAAUCAACUCGUUGAGCGAUGCUCUAGGUGUCGAGAUCCUUGGGAAGGCUGAGUUUCUGAACCCAGGAGGAAGUGUGAAGGAUCGCGUUGCAUUGCAAAUGAUUGACGAUGCGGAGAAACGUGGACUCCUCCGUCCGCACACAGGCUCGCGCAUAUUUGAAGGUACAGUUGGCUCGACCGGCAUCUCCAUCGCCACGAUUGCACGGGCCAGAGGAUAUGAUACGACUAUCAUCAUGCCCGAUGACGUCGCCGCUGAGAAGGUCAAGGCUUUGGAAGCUUUAGGUGCCGAAGUUGAACGCGUUCGUCCCGCAAGCAUCGUUGACAAGAAGCAGUUUGUCAACCUCGCCCGUCGGCGAGCCGUCAAAUUCGGCGAACAAGACCGCAUUGAUAAAAGCGACCCCACAUCCAAGACACAUCAGCAUCUCCAUCCCUACACCUUCGAGAGCCCCUCUCAAUCCAUGCUCGUUACCUCCGCCCCACAGCACCUCGAAUUCGACUCUGACGGAUCGGAGGUAGGCAGCGGAUCGGAGGAGGGGGAGCAGAGAGGCUUCUUCGCCGACCAAUUUGAGAAUAAGAGUAAUUUCGACGCGCACUUCGCUGGCACGGGUCCGGAGAUCUGGAGGCAGACGAGUGGGAGGGUUGAUGCAUUUAUCGCAGGAGCUGGAACUGGGGGGACGGUUGCGGGAACUGGGCAGUUCCUCAAGUCGAUGAACGAGGAUAUCUACGUUGCGAUUGCGGACCCUGAAGGAAGCGGGUUGUAUAAUAAGGUCAAAUACGGUGUCAUGUUCGACCGCAAGGAGAGUGAAGGCACGAAAAGGCGGCAUCAAGUUGAUACUGUUGUCGAGGGCAUAGGUAUCAACCGUUUAACCCAUAACAUUGAACUCGCUCUUCCUAUUCUUGACGAUGCCUUCCGUAUAACGGAUGCCGAAGCAGUGGCCAUGUCACGCUAUCUCGUCAAGCACGAUGGACUCUUCCUUGGUUCGAGCAGCGCGUGCAACUUGAUGGCCUGUGUCAAACUUGUGAAGCAAAAGGGAUGGACGGAGAGCAAGACGGUUGUGACCAUCCUGUGUGAUUCUGGAACGAGACAUUACUCCAAGUUCUGGAAUGACGACUACCUGAGGAAGGCGGAUAUUCCUAUAAACCUGCAGAUAGUAGAGGAUUUGCUCGCCCCUCUAGCUCAAUCAUAG